ACAGUGGCCCCAGUUGCGUCAGAGAUCGCAGAGUAAUGUCCGCUCUCUAGACCAUGUAGCGUUUUGCGACGACUUGUUCUUUUUGAAAAUGCUGAGGAGUGCCAAGGCGUAUCAGCUUCGGACAUGUGAACGGGCGACCGUACCAUUGAAAUGAAGCUCUUCAGUGCCCUUGUUUGCUGCAUCGCAUUGGCGGGAGCAGGCCCAGCAGCCAGUAAAGGGGAUGUGGCCAAGAAAGAAUGCAUGAUUGACGCUUCGAAAGGAUGGUUCGAUCCUUCAAACGUGUACAGCUGUCUCAGUGCACAAAAGUGCUGCAAGGAAUACGGAAAGCCUUCCUGCUGCGCAAGCAAACCCACGCUCGAGAUCGUGCAAGAACAGCUCCUACUCUGGGGAGGGCUGUUCUCGUUCUUAACCCUUCUCGCAGUUCUGAUCUACUGUCGAAGAACGGACGUACGUCUUUGUGAGGGACGAAAAAUCAACUGGUGCGGCCGUAACCGAGUGAGGACCAUGCAGGACACCUACUAAACGACUCGAUGCGGGUCGUCAGCAGAUUCUGCCGAUGCUAACUCGGCUAGUUCCGGUGCCAUCGGUCCCUGAAAAGCCGUAUUGCUCAAGACUCGACAGAACUAGAUCCGAUUCUCUAAUACAUAGAACAUGGAGACAGGGGAGUUUGUAUUCUUGCCUCCGUGAUACGUGUCUGAGGAACCCCACAACCUCCGUCUGCAUUCGACGAUCCUUGUAGAAAGUCGUCAAUAAAUAUCAUUUA